AACCGAAGGAAGGACCGAGCCCCAACUACCGGAGGAACCGGGAGGCAGUAGCGUCCACAGCAACAGAGCGAGUCCCGCCCGCCCGCCCGCCCGCCCCGGAGGAGCCCAGACCAGGAGGAAGGUCCGCCGCGAGCCGCCGUGUGAGGAACCAAGCGAUGCCUGCGCCGCGCACCGCCGCCCAGUAACACGAACCACCACCGACGACGCGCGGAGGAGGAGGAGGAGAAGAAGAAGAAGAAGAGAACCGUUACCGAGAUUUACCGACAGAGGAAAGAAGAGGAGAAUCGAGACGGACCGACCGAGACCACGUCCUGACAAACCGACCAGAGCCCGAGCUGCGGAGGCUUCGACGUCGGCGGCGUGUCUGUUCGACGCGGGCGGAUCAAACGCGAGUGGACCCUCGAUUUAUUCAAAUGCUGUAACGGCGCCGCGUCCCCGGUUCGAGACGGAGCGAGAGACGGAGGGAAAUAAAACCGAGUCAGAAGAACAAGAAAGAAAGAAAGAGAGAAAGAGAGAGAGAGAGAAAAAAAAGGGAUUUGGAGCGUUGGUGUGUUUUUUCACGAGUUUCCACUGAAAAAAAAGAAAGAGAAGAAUCCCCCAGUUUCAUUCUCAUUUUUUUUUUCCUGUGUGGGUUUGCUCUUCCGACCUUCUGCCGUGGAUCCUGUUACCAGCAACGCUUUCAAGCUGUGCUCUCUAACCAUGGGAUGUACUCUGAGCGCGGAGGAGAGGGCGGCUCUGGACCGGAGCAAGGCCAUCGAGAAGAACCUGAAGGAGGACGGGCUCACCGCGGCCAAGGACGUGAAGCUGCUGCUGCUCGGGGCUGGAGAGUCAGGGAAAAGCACCAUCGUCAAACAGAUGAAGAUCAUCCACGAGGACGGCUUCUCUGGCGAUGACGUUAAGCAGUACAAGCCCGUCGUUUACAGCAACACCAUCCAAUCUCUGGCCGCCAUCGUCCGCGCCAUGGACACACUGGGCCUGGAGUACGGAGACAAAGAACGCAAGGCGGAUGCUAAGAUGGUGUGCGACGUCGUCAGUCGCAUGGAGGACACGGAGCCAUACUCCGCCGAGCUGCUCUCCGCCAUGAUCCGUCUGUGGUCCGACGCCGGUAUCCAGGAGUGUUUCAGCCGCGCCCGGGAGUACCAGCUCAACGAUUCAGCGCAGUACUACCUGGACAGCCUAGAUCGGAUUGGUGCGACAGACUACCAGCCGACAGAGCAGGACAUCCUGAGGACCCGAGUGAAGACCACGGGCAUCGUCGAGACGCACUUCACCUUCAAAAACCUUCACUUCCGGCUGUUUGAUGUGGGAGGUCAGAGGUCAGAGAGGAAGAAGUGGAUCCACUGUUUUGAGGAUGUCACCGCCAUCAUCUUCUGCGUGGCGCUCAGCGGAUACGACCAGGUGCUGCACGAGGACGAGACCACGAACCGCAUGCAUGAGUCCCUGAAGCUCUUUGACUCCAUCUGCAACAACAAGUGGUUUAACGACACGUCCAUCAUCCUCUUCCUAAACAAGAAGGACAUCUUUGAAAGCAAGAUCUGCAAGUCGCCACUGUCCAUCUGCUUCCCUGAAUACAUCGGUCCGGACACCUACUUGGACGGAAUCGCCUACAUCAAGGGUCACUACGAGAGCAAGAACAAGUCGACCAACAAGGAGGUCUACUCCCACGUGACCUGCGCCACCGACACCAACAACAUCCAGUUUGUGUUCGACGCCGUCACCGAUGUCAUCAUAGCGAAUAACCUGCGGGGCUGUGGCCUCUACUGAGGACGGCGUUAGAUGUCAGCCAGUGGAGGGAGGAUGGGUGUUUGACCUGUGUAUGUGCCGUAUGGGGUUAAAUACACGUGGUGCCUACACGGUAGUUAGUUGUGUGACUUGUGUCGGUGAUGUUGUCAUGUGACAGGAAGUCAGAUAUAGGGGGUGUACAGUAACUUGACUCUCAAUGAUUGAAUCUUUGUGGUUGAUUGAGACUUCUUUUUAAUCUAUUUGUCUUUUUUUUUUCUUUUUUUUUAAGUCCUUGUGUCAUUUCCUCAAGAAGGAACCAGCAGCGCCUUUUCAGUGACAUUGUGUUUUGUGUGUUUAAGUGUACAUAAACUCCAGAUGUGUUGCUGGUGCGCUGCGAGAAAUCUUGCACAAGGCCUCAGUUAAAACUUCAGGGACUCAAUGUUCCUGAGACUUAUUUGUAUAUACACAAUAGUGCCUUACUCGGAAUAGAAUUCGACUAAAUGCAGUUUUUAGUUGCACCCUUGUUUGAUAUCCAGGAGUUAUCCUCUACAAUGAUAUAGUAUGAUAAUCCCUUUUCUACCCAGAAGUAUUUCUAUUUCUUCUAAAUAUAUAUACAUUCAAAUUUGAGUUGUCACUCAAACUACGUGCCACAGACAAGUGCCUUAGUCACAUGAAGGUCCAAUCUAAAACGGAUUUACUCAGUGAGUCACAGUCCUGUUCAGUUCAGUUUUGAUCAGAAAGAUCGAGAACACGUGCAAAUGCUCAUUCAUCAGAAUCAAAUAUGAAGCUGCAUGUCACGGGUCAUCCUGGUGGACCACGAGGUGAAACUGCCACGCCCACAGUUUGAUUUCAGCUGGAACCUUUGUUUCAUAUCCUUCCGCUCUCUCUCGUUCUCUCUCUUCCUGUGUGUCAAACAUGGGCUCGUUCCUAUUGUGAUCUUUGUUUUGUUCACGAGUUAAGAUCCCGCUCUGAUUUACUGUGUGUGCUCUGCCGCUGUUGCACUCAGCCAAGCCCUUUAAACUGUGCAACUUCAAAAUGUCUAAUCCUAUGUAAAUGAAUACAUUCAAACAUUAAUGUAAAAGACGGUAUGAACUAAAUCAUAAUAAGACGUUUUUAAAUGGAAAAAAGUAUCUUUUUUGAAAUUGCCGCUCGGAAAACUUUUCAUUUCUCACAUUUUUCAUUGUUUUUAAAUUUAUAAUUUAAUUAGUAGGUUAAUAAUGUAAAAAAAAAAAAUUAUUGCUGCAAAUUUGACAAAGAUCGCCUAUUUAUUCUAAAACUAAAAAAGACUAUUCCAAUCAUUUGAAUUCACAUUCACAUCUGGGCUUUAAAGCCAGAACAUGUAACUUUUGCUGAGCAGCAGCCACUGCGGCCUCUGCAGCCACAUGUAAUUAUCACAAGAAGUUGCUGCAUUCAUUUUUUGUAAGGGAGUGUGAACAGUAGACAACAUGUGCUAUAAAGCGUUACACACGUUUUGCGUAUUCCGUAUUCCGCUGAACCCAAGUUGUGCAAGAACGACUCAGGGCGCGGUGUGGGAUUGAAUCCCUAUUGCAAUAAAAUUUGAUUUUGAAGCUUUUGUUUUAAGGUAAAACACCUGCAUAAUGUUACUUAAAGAGGGUAAACAAAAUGAGAGCUUGUUCUGAGCAAUGGUGGGUUAUCAUUUUCCUGCAAGACCGCCUGCAGCAGAGUGUCAUUUCCAGUGUUGUUAUUCAGAAGCGCAUUAGUUUUAGCUGUGGAUGCAUUGCACUCGGGGGGAAAAAGAAUAAGUGUAAGUGAUUGAAUUUAGAAGUGACAAUAUGAAAAUGUUCUAUCUUUUUUUUCUCCCCAACCCUAUUUACCUUAAAGUCAUAGUUUGCAAAAAGUUGGCAUUUAUGUGAGGAGGCGGCGGCUGCUCGCCAUCAUCAUUCCUUCAUCACCUAUGGUCAUAUUUUUUGCAGGCUCUCAUUUUGCACCGUGCAAUGGGUCCACCAUAAAAAAAAAACCUUGAGCCGAAGAGGUACAAGAGCCCGGUGUGCUGACUCGA